CAGCAGAGGAUCCCACCAACUCCUGCCUCGCUGCUUGAGAUCUUGACUGAUCUUGAGGAUUGUUAGCUGUCUGGUGUUUUUUUUUUCCACUUUCUUAUUUUGUCCUUUCAUUCUACAUCACUACCUUUUCGACACCCGCGAAAAUCACUACUGAACACUCAUACUCCAGUAGUUCGCUAGCUACUAAAACUACUACUUAUACACUACCUACCCAGCCAUACGCUCAUCAAGCACGAACCACCAACCGAAACGCCACAUUUGCGCAGCGCCUAAAAGCAUUCAAAAGCAAAAGGCAAAAGGCAAAAGGUCAAACAGAAUCAUCACCAUGCUACCCUCCACAAUGCGAACCCUCCUCCUCCUCGUGGCCCUCACCUUGUGUCUGGUGCAACUCGUCCUCGCCGCCGAGGACUACUACAAGACCCUGGGGCUGGACAAAUCCGCCUCGGAGAAGGACAUCAAACGCGCCUACCGGACGUUGAGCAAGAAGUUCCAUCCAGAUAAGAAUCCAGGCGACGACACCGCCCGCGAAAAAUUCGUCCUGAUCGCCGAAGCCUACGACAUCCUCUCGACGCCGACCACGCGCAAGAUCUACGAUCAAUACGGUCACGAAGGCAUUGAGCAACACCGACAGGGCGGGGCGGCCGGGGGCGGACGGCGCCAGAACGAUCCGUUCGACCUGUUCUCGCGGUUCUUCGGCGGGGGCGGGCACUUCGGCCACGCGCCGGGCCACCGGCGGGGUCCCGACAUGGAGCUGAAGGUCGGGCUGCCGCUGCGGGAUUUCUACAACGGGCGGGAGGUGUCGUUUGGGGUGGAGAAGCAGCAGAUCUGCGAUGCGUGCGAGGGGACGGGGUCGGCGGAUCGGGAGGUGGUGACGUGCGAUAAGUGCGCGGGCCGCGGGGUGGUGAUCCAGAAGCAUCAGUUGGCGCCGGGGAUGUUUCAGCAGGUGCAGAUGCACUGUGAUAAGUGUGGCGGGCAGGGGAAGACGGUGAAGAAGCCGUGUCCCAUGUGUGCGGGCCAGAGGGUCGUGCGGAAGGAGGUGGAGACGUUUGCGUCGAUCGAGCCGGGGAUGGGGAAGGGGACGCGGAUUGUCUUCGAGAAUGAGGCGGACGAGAGCCCCGAUUGGAUCGCGGGGGAUUUGGUGCUGAUUCUGGAGGAGCGGGAGCCCGAGUUGGUCCCCGAGGGCCACGAUGGCACCUUCUUCCGCCGCAAGGGCAGGGAUCUGUUCUGGAAGGAGGCGCUGUCCUUGCGCGAGGCCUGGAUGGGCGAGUGGACGCGCAACAUCACCCAUCUCGAUGGUCAUGUCGUGCAGGUCGGCCGCCAGCGCGGUCAGGUCGUGCAGCCCUUGGCCGUCGAGACGGUCAAGGGCGAGGGCAUGCCCUACUACGCUGAGGGUCAUCUGCACGAGUCGGCCGACGAGGACGAGGCCCCCGGGGAUCUGUAUAUCGAGUAUACCGUCAUCCUGCCGGACGAGAUGGAGAGUGGCAUGGAGAAGGACUUUUUCGCCCUGUGGGAGAAGUGGCGUAAGAAGAACGGCGUCAACCUCGAUCAGGACAGUGGGAGGCCCGUCGUGGCGCCCCGCCUCGUCAAGGACGAGUUAUAAUAAUAUUCUUUUUGACUUGCUUCUUAUUUCUUCUUCUUCCCUGAACAAAGUACCGAUUGCCUGAGUGGGACAAGCGGAUGUGGAUGUACCAAUCACCCUCUAUGCGGGCGUGGCUCUGAGAUAGACAGACAAAUUAUUCAAUAGA